AUGGCAACCAAGUCAAUUGUGCUCGGCACCCGUCAGGAUAUGUCAAAGCUUGACAUGCCAGCUCCUUUGUUAGCCCUAUGCCAAUAUGUCGACACCAAGUUGAAGCCCGCUAACGAGACCAUUAGAAUUCACAUGCCAGAGGAGGUGUUUGGCACUGAUCAUGAUAUCUGGCUCUUGAGUGAAGACAUUUUACAGUUUCUUCCAUGGUACUUAUUUGACUAUUUAAAAAUGGCAAAUAUGGUAAACCUUGUUGGCCUCGUGGACCCUGGACAAGUCAGCUCUCAAUCUGGAACGUUAUCUCACCGUUCAAAACAUCUCUCAGAACGCCUGAAAAAUGCAGAUGGGGAUCAAUUUUACUUGGUGACUUAUAAUCCAGGGGGUCAUUGGGUGUUAAUAAUUGUGAGACCAGCUAAGGAGACUGUCUAUUACAUGGAUUCAUUGCCAAACUGCUCUGUUGACGAGGACAUGAGAAAUAUAGUGAAUACUUCAAUCAAAAUGUAUAACUCUCACACAGGCAAACAAUCAUCACGUAAAUCACCCAUAUGGAAAAAUCUACAAGGCACUCCUAGACAACCAACAAAUGUAGAGUGUGGCUGUUACGUGAUGCGUUUCAUGAGAGAUAUAAUUCAUGAUCCAGGCCUAGCAUUUGAGAAGAAGUUUGACAAGAAAAAGAAACCAGUUGUGUAUACUCAAGAACUUAUUGACGAAGUCAGGCUAGAAUGGGCAGAAUUCGUGAACAAGCAAUUACAGAACAAUAAGUGA